GCACCAAAGUUCGGCGGCGGUCCCAACAACAAUCGGCGAGCGAGGCGCGGAAACGCCGAAAACCGAUUAUUGCGCACCGCUGAAAACGCGGACGUAGGCCGAAAAAUCGCCUGAAAGAAGGUUUAAAAUUAGAUUAAAAUUCUUUCGGUCGGUCCGCGAACGUGAAACGCGAACAGCUGUGUUAUCUGUGAUCGGUGACUCUGUGAAUUAGUAUUUUAUUUAAGUUUUGUUUAAGUUCCGUGCCCGAAUAUGCCGUCGUUAAGUUCUCCGACUCAGUCUAUGGAUACAAUAUAUCCUGAACCCAUGUCAAGGUUACACAGGAGGGUCAUACCAAAGAAAAGGAAAGGGGACACCAACAGAUACAGAACUCAACCAGUUACAUUUUCAGAAAUUCAGGAAGUAGACGAAGAUAACGUGGAUGAAUCCCCACCAGCAACAUCCUCCUCUAAACCUGAAUUAAACCUACUGAACAAAAAGUUUGAAGAAUUUAAAAGAACCAGAGACUUAAUGUUGAGCAAAAUCGAUUCUGAAAACACAACAGACAUCAACAAAAACCCCUUACCUUUAACCACAUCUAGAUCCAUAGGGCGGCUUCCAUCUAGACCUUCUUUUUAAUGAAAUAUUUAUUUUUUUAUAUUUUAAUUUAUUUUGUACCAAAAUAAUUUUUAAUGUUUUACAUUAAUUUUAUUUAUAUAAAUUAACUGUGAAACACUUCAAAUAUGUGAUUCAAGCUUGCAAAGCAUAAAAAUAAUUGGAUAUUGUACAAGAAUAGAUUUUAAAUGGUUUCUACCGUUAUUGCUGUGGCAUAUAAAUAGAAAUAUGAACAAAAUUAUAACAAUAAUAAAUGGAAAUGUGGGUUCUGUUUCAGUACUUACCUUUUGUCAUUUUCUUAUAAAUUUUGAAAAAUCGUUAAAAGCAUAAAAUAUCCAUGUACUUUUAAGUGUAUAUUUUAUUUAAGUCUUUGUAUGUAUUUAGGAGGUAGUCUUUGUAUACAUUAAUAGAAUAUAGUAAUACUAUGAUUAA